AGCCAGGGGUUAGGGGAGGAGCCAGGGGUUAGGGGAGGAGGGGAGUGGACGUCAUGUUGACGAAACUAAACUGAAGGUUCAGAUCAACCGAAGCAACCGACCUGGAAGCAGUGCGCUCGUUCAGGAGAAGAAUAAAACGCAUUUUGAAACACGCUGACGGACAGAAACAACAUCAAGGAAUGGCCUCUGCUAACACUUCCUUGCCUGAAAAGAACUUUUCAUGUCCCAUCUGUCUGGAUGUGUUCAGCAGCCCAGUUUCCACACCGUGUGGACACAACUUCUGCAGAACCUGUAUUACUAAGUUCUGGGAUGGACAAGUCAAGUACAAAUGUCCCGUUUGCAACGAGCUUUUCAAGACAAGACCUGAUUUACGGGUCAAUAUCCUCUUUUCAGAGAUGGUUGAUCGGUUUGGAACGUCCGUACGAGUAAAAGAGCAACCUUGUGUUGAACCAGCAGAAGUUCCCUGUGAUGUCUGUACUGGGACCCAGCUGAAGGCCGUGAAGUCCUGCCUAAUGUGUCUUACCUCUUACUGCCAAACCCACCUGGAGCCACACCAUAGAGUCGCAGGCCUAAGGAAACAUCGGCUGGUCGAGCCUAUGGACCGUCUGGCCGACAGGAUGUGUAAGAAACACGACCGACUUCUGGAGCUCUUCUGCCAGACUGAACAGGUGUGUGUGUGUCUGUUGUGCACAGUGACGGACCACAAGUCACAUCCUGUUAUACCUCUAAAGGAGGAAUAUGAAGUGAAGACGGCCCAGCUGGGGAAGAUAGAGGCUGAAGUUAAGCAGUUGAUCCAGGAGAGACAAAAGAAUAUUCAGGAGAUUAAAGACACAGUUAAACGCAGCAAAGCAGACGCAGACAAAGAGAUAGCUGAUGGUGUGCAGGUCCUCACUGCUCUGAUGCGCCGGAUUGAAAAGUGGCAGGAUGAUCUCAACCAAAUGGUUAAAGAGAAACUGAAAUCCACAGAGAAACAAGCUGAAGACCUCAUCAAAGAGCUGGAGCAGGAAAUAGAAGAUCUGACCAAUAGAUGCUCAGAGGUGAAGCAGCUCUCACACACUAAAGAACACCUCCACUUCCUCCAGGCCUUCAGAUCCCUGAAGGAUCCUCCACCCACCAGGGACUGGACCACGGUGGAGGUCCGUCCUCCGUCAUACGUAGGGACCUUGAGGAGAUCCCUGGAUCAGCUGGAGGAGACACUGAACAUGGAGAUGAAGAAGCUGCGUGAUGCUGAACUGAAGAGGGUCCAGCAGUAUGAAGUAGAUGUGACUCUGGAUCCUGAUACAGCUCAUCCUGAGCUCAUCCUGUCUGAGGAUGGGAAACAGGUACAUGAUGGAGGUGUAAAGAAGAGACUCCCAGACAACCCUAAGAGAUUUACACUGUGUAUAUUUGUUCUCCCGAGGCGGAGCUUCUCCUCAGGGAGAUUUUACUUUGAGGUCCAGGUUAAAGACAAGACUGCAUGGUGUUUAGGAGUGGCCAGAGAGUCCAUCGACAGAAAAGGUCGGACAGAGCGGACCCCUGAGACGGGUUACUGGACUCUUUACUACUAUAAGGAUGGGUUGGUAUUUAGUGAUAACCCUUGUGUCCGUCUCCCCCUGAGAGCUGGGCUCCAGAAGGUGGGGGUGUUUGUUGAUUAUGAUGAGGGUCUGGUCUCCUUCGAUGAUGUGGAAGCCAGGGUUCAUCUCUACUCUGCUACUGGCUGCACCUUCAGUGAGCCUCUCUAUCCACUCCUCGGCCCAGGUCCCCGUGAUUAUGAAGGUAACAACUCUGCCCCCCUGAUCAUCUCACCUGUCAAUCAAACAGACAUGUUUGAGCGUCUCGAUGACCUGGUGCCGCUGGAUUGUGUUGAAUGCAGAGGAAUGGCCUCUGCUAACACUUCCUGGUCUGAAGAGAACUUUUCAUGUUCCAUCUGUCUGGAUGUGUUCAGCAGCCCAGUUUCCACACCAUGUGGACACAACUUCUGCAGAACCUGUAUUACUAAGUUCUGGGAUGGACAAGUCGAGUACAAAUGUCCCUUUUGCAACGAGCUUUUCAACACAAGACCUGAUUUACGGGUCAAUAUCCUCUUUUCAGAGAUGGUUGAUCGGUUAGGAACGACUGUACGAGUAGAAGAGCAGCCUUGUGUUGAACCAGCAGAAGUUCCCUGUGACGUCUGUACUGGGACCCAGCUGAAGGCCGUGAAGUCCUGCCUAGUGUGUCUUACCUCUUACUGCCAAAGCCACCUGGAGCCACAUCAUAGAGUCGCAGGCCUGAAGAAACAUCGGCUGAUCGAGCCUAUGGACCGUCUGGACGACAGGAUGUGUAAGAAACACGACCGACUUCUGGAGCUCUUCUGCAAGACUGAACAGAUGUGUGUGUGUCAGUUCUGCACAGAGACGGACCACAAGUCACAUCCUGUUAUACCUCUAAAGGAGGAAUAUGAAGUGAAGACGGCCCAGCUGGGGAAGCUGGAGGCUGAAGUUAAGCAGUGGAUCCAGGAGAGACAAAAGAAUAUUCAGGAGAUUAAAGACACAGUUAAACGCAGCAAAGCAGACGCAGAAAGAGAGAUAGCUGAUGGUGUGCAGGUCUUCACUGCUCUGAUGCGCCGCAUUGAAAAGUGCCAUGAUGAUCUCUACCAAAUGGUUAAGGAGAAACUGAAAUCCACAGUGAAACAAGCUGAAUACCUCAUCAAAGAGCUGGAGCAGGAAAUAGAAGAUCUGACCAAUAGAUGCUCAGAGGUGAAGCAGCUCUCACACACUGAAGACCACCUCCACUUCCUCCAGGCCUUCAGAUCCCUGAAGGAUCCUCCACCCAACAGGGACUGGACGACAGUGGAGGUCCUUCCUCCGUCAUACGUAGGGACCUUGAGGAGAUCCCUGGAUCAGCUGGAGGAGACACUGAACAUGGAGAUGAAGAAGCUGCGUGAUGAUGAACUGAAGAGGGUCCAGCAGUAUGAAGUAGAUGUGACUCUGGAUCCUGAUACAGCUCAUUCCUGGCUCAUCCUGUCUGAGGAUGGGAAACAAGUACAUGAUGGAGGUGUAUUGAAGGAACUCCCAGACAACCCUAAGAGAUUUACAUGGUAUAGAUUUGUUCUCACGAGGCAGAGCUUCUCCUCUGGGAGAUUUUACUUUGAGGUCCAGGUUAAAGACAAGACUGGAUGGUUUGUAGGAGUGGCCAGAGAGUCCAUCGACAGAAAAGAUAAGGCAAAGUGGACCCCUGAGGAGGGUUACUGGACUCUUCUCUACUACAAGGAUUACUUGGUAUUUAGAGAUGACCCUGCUGUCCGUCUCCCUCUGAGAGCUGAGCUCCAGAAGGUGGGGGUGUUUGUUGAUUAUGAUGAGGGUCUGGUCUCCUUCUCUGAUGUGGAAGCCAGGGUUCAUAUCUACUCUGCUACUGGCUGCACCUUCAGUGAGCCUCUCUAUCUAAUCCUCAAUCCAGAAAUACAUAAAGGAGGAAACUCUGCCCCCCUGAUCAUUUCACCUGUCAAUCAAACAGAUUGGACCCUUUUUUAGUAAUAAAAUAAUCAAACAACCAAAACAACUAAUGUUGUUUCCUGAAUUAGAAUCUCUAUUGUAUGAGAUCUGAGAGAACUGUAUUCAUAUCUUACUUUCAUUUUUCACACGUCAUUUAACAAGGAAUAAUUCAUUAAGCCAUUAACACUGUGUACUGUAAAAAAUAUAUCCCAUUAUAACCUAUAAGAAUACACUAUAAUGUUCAAUGUCGUUUAUCUGAAUGUUUUUCUAGAUUUUUUUAAUUAAUGAAAAAAUUGUAAUUCGAUAAUGUGAAAUGUUGAUUUUGAUAACAUUAUCAUAUCAUAGUAUUAUUCCUUUAUUAUUUUUGAAUCAUGUUUGUCAACACAAAACAAUGUUUGUAAACUUUUGAGAUUUGAAUAAAAAUGAACUAAAAGUAGAAUGA